UACAGAAAGGGAAAGAUACAAUGGCUGCAGAUCAUAUUCUUGUUCAAAGAGUUUUGCUCAUUUUAUUUGUUUUAUCAGGUGUAAAAUUGUCGGAGUCAGCAAGAAUUUUCACCAUAAUAAACCAUUGCAAAGAGACAGUUUGGCCAGGUGUCUUCCCAGGUGACAACUUCAACGGUGGUGGCUUCACUCUAAAAUCAGGCCAAUCCCUUAUUUUCACUGCACCCGUUGGUUUUCAAGGUAGAAUUUGGGGAAGAACUGGCUGUAAUUUUGACAAAAACGGCAACGGCUCAUGUCAAACCGGUGAUUGCGGUCCAUCCCUCAAAUGUUCAGGCACAGGAAAAACCCCUGCUUCACUUGCCGAAUUUACCCUCGCAUCUCUCGAUUUUUACGAUGUUAGCCUUGUUGAUGGCUUUAACGUACCCAUCAGUGUUACUCCUAUUAAUGGUAAAGGAAAUUGCUCAAUUGCUGGUUGUGAUGGAGAUUUAAGACAGGAUUGCCCCAAAGAACUUGCAGUUAAGGCCAAUGGGAAAGUUGUUGCCUGCAGAAGUGCUUGUGAUGUGUUUGACACUGAUGAGUAUUGUUGUAGGGGUAAUUAUGGAAAUCCAACCACUUGUCAACCUACGUAUUAUUCCAAGAAAUUCAAACAAGUUUGUCCUACUGCUUAUAGUUAUGCCUAUGAUGAUCCAACUAGCAUUUAUACAUGCUCGGGGACCGAUUAUGUUAUUGCUUUUUGCUCAUCAAGGAAGCGACCAGUAUGCACAUACCAUGAUCACAAGCUCGUUUGCGGUGGAUCAAACGGUUUAAGAUCGUUGCUAAGCAAUUUGUGGAUGAUAAUUCUUGGAUUAACCCUCAUAGCCAAUUUGAAUAUCAUAUUUUAAGAUGUGAAAAAAGAAAGAAUUCUUUUGUGUUUUUUUAUUUUUUAAAAUUCGGGGAAAUACUUCUUUAUUUUUUUCAUCGAAAACUAUUGUUGCA